AUGCGUUCCCCCGAAGCAGCCCAUCCGCCGCUGCACUCGAUUGCGACGGAUUACCUCGGCCGAGGGCCGGAGCCGCAGCGACUUCAAGUGCAUGUCGCCUUCGCUGACACGCAGUCCCCCGAUGGCUCUGGAGAAUACGUCCCGCAGCUCACCUAUCCACCCCGCACCGAGCAGCGAUACCGCCCCGACGUCGAGGCGAUGAAGGACGAGCGCCGGCUGUCAGCGUCCACACUGGGGAGCAAGCGCGAGAGCGCCGUGCCGGCUCCAGAGCAGCCGAGACGAGUACGCAACAAGUUUUCCGUGUGGCUUGAUCGAGCCAACAUUCUCUGGCGCUACAGCGAGGAGCAGCACUCGGGCGCAGUCGACAGCGACGACUACAAUGCGCGCCGCCUCCCGAUCUACCUCUACAUCUUUGUGUCUGCGCAUCUGGUCCAGCUCAUCUUGACGGUGUUUGCGAUCCGGACGCGGAACACGAUCCAAGUGAUAGCCCUGGCCGUGUUCAACGCCAUGCUGCUCGUGUAUGCCGGCAUCGAGGUGGCCGAGAUCCGACAGACGCUGGACGUGUAUCCGGCGUCAGAGGAGGUGGCCAGCGCACAUAAACUCCUAACCCUGCCUCUGAAUAUCCUCACGGGCAUCGUGAUCGGCGUCAUCGGGCUGGCAGAAGUCAUCAUCGUGGUGCUGACGUAUUUCGUCUGGCGCGAGUUCGGCUGGCGGAUCUACAAAUUUCUCGGCGCCGACCUGCGCAUCCGCACCUAUUACAGGCAAUACCAAGUGUUCGAGAGCAUUGUGUGCUGCUCCUUCUUCUUCUUCAUGAGUUUCAACAUCCAGUUCCUCUUCCUGAUUCUCAACAACAAGGAUCCCGAAUACGUCCUCACGUGGGUCAUGCUGCCCCUUUCGUUCCUGUGGCUGGCUUUUGGCCUCGUAUGUGCCCGAAGGGAAUGGAGGGUGGCCAUGGGCGUGUUCCUCGUCGGCCUUCUUGCAGGCAUGGCGUACUUCAUCUUCAAGCUUGUGCGGGUGUGGCAGAACGUCGCGCUGUACUAUAAGCUCGGCUAUGAUCACAAACAUACUCGACGGGCGGCGCUUGCCCUCCUCGCCCGCGCCGGCGCCCUACCUCUCAUCGACACACGCGAUGUCGACACGGGCAACAGCCUCAUGGACACGGUCAAGAGCUACUACAGCGUGCGCAAGAGCCUCACCGUCUUCUCGGCCCUGAGUCUCGUCAUGAUCUGCCUGUGUAUCGGGUACGGCGUCGUCGUGUGGCUCAACUUUGGCAAGGGGCUGAGGGAACAUGUCGACGAAGGACGGAAGCCGGGCAUCAUGGCCGAUCUCGCGCCUGCUACUUUCAAGCCGGUCUCGAGCAACCCGGCUAGUCCUAAUAGGCUUACUAUCGACUAA